AUUAAGUUUUUCAAAUCUUUAAAAUGAGCAACAAUAUGUUUAAUGUCCUCAACAUUUUUGAUGAUGAGGAUUCAAAAACUCAAUAAGCAUAAUAGAAAGCAUAAUAACAAUAAGCUAAAAAAAGUAAGCAUAUAAAUAAAUUAUGUAUUAGAUAAGUAAAAGCGUGAAUAAGAAUAAGUGAUUCCAGUUGAUUAAGUAAAGAAAGAAAGCACAUAACACCAUAAUCCAGCCCCAAAAUAAAAGGGACUUACAGCAGAACCUCAUCCUAAAGAUAGACAUUCUGGAACAGGAAUUGGAAAAGAACUUCGUAAAGAAGGUGGAGGAAGAAGAAAUUGGGGAAAUUAUAAAGAUGAUUUAAAAUAGGAUAAGUAUGAAGGUGCAACAGAAACUAAAGAAGCAUAAUAAGAAUUAACGACAGAAUAAUAGACUGAAGAUUAAUAGCCAUAAGAAAAUGUACCUUAACCACCAGCUGAAAAAACUUUAGCUGAUUAUUAUUAAGCACGAGGAGUGGUAUAUUAUUAUUUCUAAUAUUUUAUAUAGAAUGUUGAUGAAGUCUUAAAAAAUUAAGAAUAGAAAGUAUAGCCAGUAGUGAAGAUUGAUGAAGAAGCAUUGAAAAAAGAAAAAUUAUAAGUUGUAAGAACAAGAGAAGAUGAAAAAAGAGAAUAAAAAACAACUAAAAAAUCAAGUGGCUAAUAAUAGGGAUACAGAAGUGAAAUGAGUACAGAAGCAUAAUAAUACUUUGGAUUUACAAAUGAUACAAGAAGAAAUGACAGAAAUGAUAGAAAUGACAGAAAUGACAGAAAUGACAGAAAUGACAGAUAAGAUAGAAAUGAUAGAAAUGAUAAAAAUGACAGAAAAGAUAAUAAUAAAGGAUAAAAGAAAUAAGUAAUUGAUUUAUUAAAUAAAUUAGUAAUAACCAAAUAAUGGAGUUCAAUUUGAUGAUAAAGAUUUCCCAUCAUUAUGAAGUGAGUCUUCAAAACACAUAGAAAAGUGAGAAAUUUGGUUAUAUAUAGUACACAUA